AAGAAUGCAAUUUGUAAAAAAUUAACAAAAAAUGAUCAAGAAGAAGUAAAUGGUUGUUUCAAUACUCUUGUAAUUCUUAUUCCACCUGAUCCUGAAAAUUACUAUAGACCAGUUCAUGAUUUUAAGUAUUAUUUUUCUAAAAAACCAAAAAAUUCUGAUUGUUUAUUUUUUUAUUUACAAAUCAACAAACAUGCAAAAGAUCUUUCUAAAGACAAAUGA